AAAACAUAUGCAAAAUUCGUUGUGCUACGCCCACUGGAAGUACUUGUGGUACUAAACUAUACUAGACCUAGGAAAGAUACCUAUCAAAUAUAUGCCAGAUUAUUUAAUUUUCUUAAGUUAAACUUAUUGAACAGUUAUUUUCAGUUUUUAAUUAAAGACGUGAGAGUGGAAAAAUCUUUUUGAAAUGGGAGACAAUAACGGAAGGCCCGAACGAAUAUUUUGGACUCUGACAUAUGAAAAACCUCAACCACCUACUCCAUUCAAAGUGUAUGUAGCAGCAUUCCAUGGUGAAUUUGAAGAAAAAUUGUUGGAAUCCUUACGUGAACAUAAUUUACAAUGGGGUGGAUUUCGAGAAUUCAACUUGGGACUGGAAGAUACGAUUACUAUAGAGAUUGAAGCAAAGGGGUUUUCUGUGGGAACUAAACCUGUUACUAUGAAUUGGAAUACCAUUCGCUUUGCUAAUUAUGAAAUCUUCGAUCCUAUUGAGGUAUCGUACCUUGAGCCUUCAAUACAAGAAACAUGUGAGUUGAAAGUUUGGUUAAAAAGAUUGAAAGAAGAUUGUGUGGAAGGCUACAAAUUUUCAAUUAAUGGAAAAAAUUCUGAAAAUAACCAGUUAUUGGUUAUUGAUAAUGAUUCAUCGACCAGCGAAAGUUAUCACACUGCAUCAGAAGGGAGUCCACCAAAAUGGCCAGAGCUUGAUGAAUUGCCGGGAUGUGCUUCGUCUAAUGACCGAACACUGGAUUCUGGCAUCAUGUCACCUGGAAGUGCUUUCAUUGGCUCUGUUGGGAGUUCAUUGGGUUCUGCAGUUAGAAGUUAUGGGCAGGAGUUUGUUUCGCAAACAGCUUCCCCAAUUCUCACUCAGAGGCCUUGGGCUUCAGCUGAUAAUCAAGAUAGCAAUCUUUCUGGCAUUGAUCAAAAAUUCUCCGAAUUAAAAUUUGAUGAUUUCGAUGAUGAGAUUGAAGGAGACAUUUAUGUAGGACAAGAAUUGUAGUAAUAGGUCCAGAGAUCCAAAGUGAAAGAACUUAUUUGGGUACUUCCAAGAUAUGUGAACCAAGAUGGCGAACACCAGAAUGUAGUAUGUGUACCUGGUUAGGGUUGGGCCAUAGUUUCAAGUACAAAUACUACGGGAGUCACUCACUUGGCUAGAAGUCGAACUCGUAAUAGAACUAAGAUAGGGAAAAUUAGGGCCUAACCCUAAACUGGUUCAUAUACUACCUUCUAGUAUUCCCCAUCUUGGUUCACAUACUUCGGGAGCACGCUUAUUUGUUUAGGGAUAAAAUAAUUUUUCCAUAAGUGAAAUAAUUAGGUUUUACUGAAUUUUUAUCACUAAUGUAAUUGCUCCAUACAAGGGCAAUUUGAAAAAUCUUCCUAUACGUUUCUUUAUCUGUUUGUGAAAUCAAAAUAGAUAAUUCACUGCCCAUUUAGUACAUGAAGUUGCAUACACUGCCUGACUUCUAUAUUUAUAAUUUUACUAUUAUGGAUUCAUCUAAAUCAGGGGUUCCCAAACUUAAUUGACCGCGGGCCAAAAUUUGAAGCGGAGGGAUGUUCGCGGGCCGGAAGAGUGUAGCGCCCGAAAGUGCGUGGCAUGUCUAAGCUUUUAUGGUUCAUAACUAAAUUACUGCCCUAUGUAAUCAUAAUACCGGUACGAAUAACUGAGAUAAUGCUUUAAUUGAAUUGUUCCGAUAAAAACACGUGCUUAAAGUGUGAUAAUGGCAUAACACUUGGCGCUAUCUUGAAUGCAAAAAGGUGAAACAAAAUCUGUUGCACUAACUUCCACACUAUUUCACUCAAGCUCGGCGGGCCAUUUUAAAUCGUUAUGCGGGCCGGAUUUUGCCCGCGGGCCGCGGUUUGGGAACCCCUGAUCUAAAUGGUUCAGUAAUAUGAACGGUAAUUCCUAUAUUAUUAUAAACUAUUUCCAUAGUUGGCUUGAACUGGUACUGAAGCCUUGACUCAUGACUGACCAAUACAUUAAACUGUAACUACCGUAAGUUGUCUUUUUAAAUUUUCCGGAUAAUUGUGAACAUUUAUAUUUCUACUAAGUUGAUAUUAAAUCAUGGUUUUAUUCAAUUUAUGUGAUGUAGUUUUCUUUGAAUUUUUGCACUGCUUGUGUUACUGAAAAAAUUGUAAUAUCAUUAGCCCAAGUCCAGACCAAGUUUGAAUCAUGUAUAUUCUGCUUUGAAGUCAAUUUUGCAAGUGCUUUUUGUAGGGCAAUAAUAGGCUGUUUUCAAACUUGAUUGUGACUAGAAUGAAAAUUUCUGAAGUUUAUGAAUCUGGGACACAAAGCAACUGGUCAGCCAUUCCAAAACACAAGCUGUUUUCUAGAUAAAAAACGUCAUGUAUUGCUUGGUAUUAUUAAUAGUGUGUUAUGAAUUACUAGUAACAAAAAUGAAUUAUUUGAUUUACUGUAUUGCUAUGAGUUUUAAUAAUAUUGUGCCUAUUCAAAUUUUAAUCCACUAUCGUUAAUUUGUUUGCACCAGUGAUAUCAUUGCAUUAUCUAUCUUCAAAUUUUAACUUUAUCCUAAAUUUCUUGCACUGUUCUGCUCCCUUCUUCAUAUUGAUCUUAUACAAUUGUGUUCUUUGUACAUUUUAACACAGAUGAGCUGUAAAUUGUUACAAACGUUACUUUUGUAAUGAUAAAUUAUUUUAAAUUUCCGUCCUAUUUAUUCGUCCAGCAUAAUGUCAUGCAAGUACAGAAUUUAUCUUAUCUAACUCAAUCUUUGUGAAAUAAGGAAUGUUUUAUCAACGAGAAAACAAUAAGGAAAAUUAAAUGAAUACUCGAAUAAUUUCAAUUAAUUAGUGUAUUUGUCAUGUAUGACAAUGUAAAACAAUUGUUUAAACAUAUGAUCCUGGUAUUCUCGUCGUAAUUGUCCAUAAAGUUCCAUUACAAGUUCAAUUUUGUUAUAAAGUCAGUUCUCAAUAUAUCCUAACCAGGUCUGUUGUUUUUUAUUCAGCAAUUGUUCAAGUAUUUUUACUUCAUUCCAUACAUCUGUGAUGGCCUAAACCAGUGGUCUUCAAACUUUUCAAGACGCGACCCCAUUUCAAAAAAUUAUGACGUAUGAUGAGCAUUGGCGCCCCCAAAAACCAAUAAAAACUGAUCACUCAUUUACCCGAUUGCUUCUCUUCGCAGAGCUUUUGAGAUUGUGGCAUAAGGUAGCUUAAGCUUCUUAUCGAUAGAACUUUUUGACAAACAACGCAUUUCGGUUGGCACUUUAUUUCGGUUAAACCGUAAUGUUAAACCAAGCUUUAAAUAAAGAUUGAUCACAUGACCCAUUCUUUUAUGUUUAUCAGCUAUUUGUGAAACUUAGCAAACAAUAAAGCAAACGCAACGGUCAUAGUCCAUUUCAGUGAACACAUAACAACUGUUUACUUUAAAAUUUAAAUUAUUGUCGUUACAUAAUAGUCUUAUUAUAGAGAUAUCACUCUAAUUCAGAAUAUCGCUAGUCGGCCUAGUGAAGUGUAGACUGCACACUGUUGUGUAUCAAUCAGCUCAUUCUUUUCCACACGAACCCAUUUGUGAUCAACAUGUCAUAAUUAUUUUCUCGUAAUUGUCUCUUGUCUGCAUGCUUAUUAUGCGUGUGAAAUGUAGCCUAUAGUUAUUAUGUGUUAUACUGACGUUUAAUUUGAAAUAAACAGUAAUAUUUUUGUCUACUGACAAUUUGGUAAUAUCCAAGACAUCACACACACAAUAAAAUAAUAACAGAAGAAAACAUUGCCGGACACUCUGCGACCCCAUAAAUAUUCAAGGCGACCGCACCUGGGGUCGCGACCCACACUUUGGUGAUCACUGGCCUAAACAAUAUAUGAUAUCGAUAAAUUCCCAUUACAUUUUUAAAAAAUUUACUUUAUGGACGCGCUAUAUUAUUCUUGCAGAUGCUCCACUUUAAAAUUUGGUUGUUUCUGAUCGUCAUUUCAACUGCCCUUCCAAUUGCUUCUGAAGUCUGAAUUUCAGUUUAGUUAAUAUAUUUUACAAUUAACAUUUUGUCGAAUAAUUUGAAGCGUAUUCGUAUUAAGAAAUGCUUUUGCUUGAAUUAAAUGCAAUUUGAAGUCAAAUACGAUGUUUACAUAAUAUGCCAUA